GGAAGGAGGAGGGAGGGUGUUUUGGUGCCUGUCGCUCGCCGUCCUUUUUCCUGCUCUGGUCGCUUGCGCCGCUCAGUCCGGGUUUCCUCUUCCCCCCCCCCAUCCCUGUCCUCCCUCCAGCCCCAGUCCUCUCUCCUCCCGCCCUCACUGCUUCUCCUGCGUCUUCCCCCCCCCCCCAGUUCCCCGCUCCCCUCCCCCAGUAUAUGCCCCGCAGCGCGGCCGCCCCCUGCUCCCCCCGGUCCUGCCGCCCCAUGUGGCUGCGGGGCCGCCGCGGCGUCUCCCACUAUGGCCCGGAAAACAGUUAGCAGGAAGAGGAAAGCGCCCGCGGCGCCGGGGACCGGGAGCGGGACCCAGGGCCAGCAGUUUGGCUGGGAUCAUUCACUAAACAAAAGGAAAAGGCUCCCUCCAGUGAAGAGGUCCUUGGUCUACUACCUGAAAGGCAGAGAAGUCAGGUUGCAGAAUGAGUCCAGUUACUACCGAGUGUUGCAUGGUUAUGCAGCGCAGCACCUUCCCAGUCUCCUGAAGGAGAGAGAGUUUCACCUUGGGACCCUUAACAAAGUGUUUGCAUCUCAGUGGCUGAAUCACCGGCAAGUGGUGUGUGGCACAAAAUGCAACACGUUGUUUGUGGUCGAUGUCCAGACAGGCCAGAUCACCAAGAUUCCCAUUUUGAAAGAUCGAGAACCUGGAGUGGUGACCCAGCAGGGCUGUGGUAUCCAUGCCAUCGAGCUGAACCCCUCAAGAACACUACUGGCCACUGGAGGAGACAACCCCAACAGCCUUGCGAUCUAUCGGCUACCUACAUUAGAUCCUGUGUGUGUAGGAGAUGAUGGACACAAGGACUGGAUAUUCUCUAUUGCAUGGAUCAGUGAUACCAUGGCAGUUUCUGGCUCACGGGAUGGUUCCAUGGGGCUUUGGGAGGUGACAGAAGAUGUGUUGACCAAAAGUGAUGCCAGGCACAGCCUAUCCCGGGUCCCUGUGUAUGCUCACAUCACACAUAGGGCCCUAAAAGACAUCCCUAAGGAGAAUACUAAUCCUGACAACUGCAAGGUCCGGGCUCUGGCCUUCAACAAUAAAAACAAAGAGCUUGGAGCAGUGUCCCUUGAUGGCUACUUUCAUCUAUGGAAAGCAGAACAUACACUGUCGAAGCUCCUGUCCAUCAAGCUGCCAUACUGUCGUGAGAAUGUGUGUCUGGCCUAUGGCCAUGAGUGGUCUGUGUAUGCAGUGGGCUCUCAAGCUCAUGUUUCCUUCUUGGACCCACGACAACCGUCACAUAAUGUCAAAUCAGUCUGCUCCAGGGAACGAGGCAGUGGCAUCCGUUCGGUGAGCUUCUACGAGCACAUCAUCACUGUGGGCACAGGGCAGGGCUCCCUUUUGUUUUAAUGCCAUCGGGCCCAGAGUUUUUAGAAGAGAAGCACUUAUCCUGCUAUGGGUCCAAGCCCAAGCUCGCAGGAGAAAAUCUGAAGCUGACCACUGGCAAAGGCUGGCUGAAUCAUGAUGAACUUGGAGGGAAUUAUUUUUCAGACAUUGAUUUCUUCCCCAAUGCUGUUUACACCCACUGCUACGACUCGUCUGGAACGAAACUCUUUGUGGCAGGAGGUCCCCUCCCUUCAGGGCUCCAUGGGAACUAUGCCGGGCUCUGGAGCUAAUGAAUAACUCUUCUGAAAUGCAGAGAUUUACACUAACUUCCAUCUUCCAGUUUCCUUGUCUUCUUCUUUUCAUUUUUCAGUUGUGUGAUGCCCUUGUCUUAUUGGAACACCAGAAUUUGCUUUUGACUUGGGCAUUUGACACAGGCUCCGUACGUUGGUCUAAAGUGGCUUUUUCUUUUUUCUUCCCUUUGGCAAUCAGAAUUUUGCUUUAAUAUUUUUUUUUUGGCUUUUUAUUAGCUUCUACCCCAAAGGAUUUUUGUUAAUCCAUAUUGUAUUUCCUUUUUAAGUGACACACACUUUCCCCUAUUUGGCUUCUGCUUUAGGCUGACACAGUCAUACUCAUCCCUACUUUGCUGUUGUGAGGGUUCCUAGUGCAGGGCUCUGCACACAAGGGGAAACUAUCUAUGCUAAGGAUUUCAAAGGACCUUAUAUGGUAUCACUGAAAACAUUAUUGUCCUCCUAUAAAGAGGAGAAAACUGAAGCCGGUGAGACUUCGAAGAGGGUGUCAGAGUCAAAAACAGAGACCUGAGGCUACUGACACCAUCUCUGUUCCAAGCAUAGGCUGGUUUCCCUGCUAGAAGAAAUAGUGAAGAGCCCUGAGGAAUACCUCUUUACCCCUCCAGAUUAUCAGGAACUGAGAAAUGUUCCUAAAAAACAAACACACAAACAGAAGCAGGCUUCAGUCAGGAGAAAAGGACCUGAAAUAACAGAGGGGAAACUUGACCCUUUUCAGGAAGUUGGAGAGUCAAAGGAUAUGAUCCUAUAAUAUCAGGAGGAGUAAAGAAAGGAAAAGGACAACUGUACCUUGGAGCCUGAAAGAGAGUGAGAGAGACUUCUCGAAGAGGAAGGAGCUGGGUCCCCUAAGGAAGAAGCAAUUGCUUGAUUUACAAGAAUUGAUGAAGAGCCACAGAAGCUAUCAGGUGAGAGAUGAUUCAGUAAAGGUCAGAAUACCUUUGGUGGUUGGUGUCUCUGCACCCAGGGGGACAGAGACAGCUAUUUGUUGACCUGAUAACAACAAUAGAGAGGUCUCUUGUCUUCCUGAGGCACAAUGCCAAGAAGUAACUGAAAACUUCCCAAGACUUGUCAAAAAAAUGGAUGCCUACCACCCAAUUCUGGUGAUUUGCUUCCUGAUUCCUGAGUUUACUCAUUCCCCAUUACCUACUCUUCCACUCCACCUCAUCUUCACAGAGAGAUGGUCAACCACUUGGCCUUGCCACUGCCCACAAUUGUUCCACUUCCACGUUUGUGAACUCUGAAAUUCCCUUAGCUGAUCAUAGUCAUUGUUCCACCUCUCUCUUACAACCCCUAAUCCUGCUCUUCAUCCUCACUGUGAUCUACCCCUCAGUUCUUUCCCAAACUAUGAGACCUACAGUAGCUACACUCUCUUCCCUUCCCCAUCUUGAUCCCUAGGUGAACCAGUUCACUUCUACAGUCUCCUCUUAAAUCCGUGGACCCCUUAUCCUAUCAUUAAUCUCACCCUGCCAAGCCUCAGCCUUGGAUUACCCUCCCCGUCCACUGCCUUUGUUCCUGCUCCCUUGCUGCUGAACAGAGCUGGAGGAAAUCAUGAAACUGGGCUGCCUAAUUCCUCUACUAAAUUUAUGUUCCAUAAUCUCAAAUAGUUCCAUCCUUUUACACCUCCCUAAUGGAUUCACUUAUCCUACUCACCAUCAUGGCUUUUCCAAACCUUUUCAUCCUUCUCAAACUUCCCUUGGCUCUCCCUUCACCCUUGGCUUCACCCUCUCAGCUGAGAACCUUGCCUCAUGUAAUACUGAAAAAUAAAUGAGGCCAUUCACCAAGUUCCCUCCUCUCCCCUCCUCAUCUCACACCAUUCAUAUGCCUUCCGCCAAUAUCUCCUCUUUCACCCCUAUGUUAUGUAAAGAGGUAGCCUUUCUCCUUACCAAAGCAAACCUUUCCAUAUGAACAAAUGAUCCAAUUCCAUCCUGUUUUCUCCAGCAGACUAAAGUCCCCUCUGCCAUCCACAUUCUCUCACUAAUGUUCAAUCUCUGUCUACCAGCUGCUUCUCUGCUGCCCACAAACAUGCCCAUGUCUCCCUUAACCUCAGAAAACCCUCACUUGAUCCUCCGGUCCAAGGGGUGUGCUGGAGCCAGCUUGUACUGACUCAUAAGAGCUAAUUGUUAAAUUUUCAGUGGGAACAUUUACACCUCAGAAAUGGGCAAGCAUUACAACAUCAGGGCUAACGUCAUAUUGUUUUGUUGAUUAAGAAAGUGAUGGAGAAAAUGUUAACGAUGAAGAUUAAACUAAAGAGGGUGUUGUCUUUUCAGAGCACUGGUUGUUAAAAAUCUACCAGCACACCACUGCCUCUGUCCCUGGUAGUUUUCAUCCUAUAGCUCUCCUCUUCCAUCCACAACUGGUGCCUCCGUUUCCUCUCCCAAGCCCUUUGCAAUCUAGUUUUUUUACCUCAUCAUUCAAUGGAAACUGCCUUCUUCAGAGUUACCAAUGAUUUCUUAAUUGCCAAAUCUAACGGCCUUUUCUCAAUCGUCAUUUUUCAUGACCUCUCUAUAGCCUCUGACUCUAUUAAUUACCCUCUUCUUGACACUCUCUUCUCUUGAGGUUUUGGUGGCACCUCUCUUUCCUGAUUCUUCUUUUACUUGUCUGACCAUUCCUACUCAGUCUCCUUUGCUGUAUCUUCAUCUAGCUUGUACCCACGAACCCUAAGUGUUGCCCAAGACACUGUUUUGGGCCACCUUCUUUUCUCCCUCUAUACUAUUUUUCAUCUGCUCCCAUGCAUUCAAUUUUCAUCUCUAUGCAGAUGAUUCUCAGAUCUAUUUGUCCAGCCCUAACCUCUCUCCUGACCCCCAGUUACAUAUCCAACUGCCUAGUGGACAUCCCAUACUGGAUGCCCCAUGAACAUGUUAAACUCAAUAUGUUCAAAAUAGAAUUCAUUAUCUUCCCCUCGAGCCACCCAGAACUCUCUCUUCUUCCUAACUUCCCUGUUACUAAGGCACCGCCAUCCUUCCAGUCACACAGGUUCAAAACCUUAAUGGCCAACUCCUCACCUACAUUUGGCCCCCUUAUCCAAUCUGUUGCCAAGGCCUAUCAAUUCUACCUUUGUAACAUCUCUCCUAUAUGGCCUCUUCUCCCCUCUGACACUGCCAUGACCCUGGUAUGGGCCUUCAUCACCUCAUGCCUCGACUACUGCAGUAGCCUGCUGGUUGAUCCCCCUGCUUCAAGUCUCUCCCCACUUCGGUCCAUCCUCCACUCAGCUGUCAAAGUGAUUUUCCUAAAGCACAGGCCUGAGCAUAUUGCACUCCUGUUCAGUAAAUUCCAAUGGUUCUCUAUUACCUCCAGGAUCAAAUAAAAAAUCCUCUGUUUGGCUUUUAAAGCCCUUACUCACCUGGCCCCUCCAACAAUUCUAGUCUCCUUACUUUGUGACCCAGUGACACUGGCCUCCUUGCUGAAGCUCAAACAAGAUACUCCAUUCCCUGACCCUGGGCACUUUCACAGGCUGUCCUCCAUUCCUGGAAUGUUCUCCCUCCUCAUCUCUGCCUCCUCCCCACCCAUUCCCUGGAUUCCUUAAAGUCUCAGCUAAUAUCCCACCUUUGCAAGAAGCCUUCCCUGAUCUCCCUCAAUGCUAGUGCCUUCCCUCUAUGAUUAUCUUAAAUUUAUCCCAUAUAUACCUUGUUUGUACAUAGUUGUUUGCAUGUUGUCUCUCCUAUUCAAUUGUGAGCUCUCUGAGGGCAAGGACUGUUUUUGCCUUUGUUUCUAUCCCCAAUUCUUAGUCCAGUGCCUGGCUCAUAAUAAAUGUUUGCUGACUUGACUUGAUGAGCACACACAUGCCCUCCCCCUUAGGUUCAAGUUCAUUGCUUUUGUACACCCGUGUAAUGACAAUUCCCCACCUCCCUAAGCACACAUAAAAUGACUGUGUCUCGCCACCCUUCUAACAUUCCUUCUCUGUUGGAUCCGACUCGAUCAGUAGGUAAAGUUCAUUAAAAUGUGUGGUGUGGAAGAGAAAGAAAAAAAGGGAAACAGAGGAAGGGGAGACUUUAGUGACCAAGGGGAGAGAUUACUCUUACCAGUUAAAGCAAGGCUGUUACAAUCCACUGGCAUUAAGAACUUUUACUUGCUCUCCUCUCCCAAAUGAGACACAACUUCCUGGUAUUUUGCUGCUGCAAAUGGAUCUCCUGUCUAGUUUCCCAGCCAAAAGACUUGCUGUUCUUCCCCCACAGACCUAAGUGUGCAGAGUUUGCACAUGGAGCCAGCCCAGUUUAGUCUGGUCCCACCCAGUCUAGCCCUGUCCUGGGUGUCCCUGCGGACCCAAGUUCCUAGCCCUGGAUGCUACCCUUGGGAGGUGGUAGUGGGACUGGUCAUAUGAAAUAAGAGGAAGGUGCUGGGCUUAGGACUCAAGGCAUGAAGAGGGAGGGGGAGGAAUGGAGAAAGGACAGUCUCCUUUCCUGCUUAGUAAUCCCUGCUGAGACUUGCCGAAAGCUGGGCAGUGGAGAGUGAAGUCCUCUCACAUGGCCUGCUCCCCCAAGUCCGGCAGGAGUAGGAUUGUGAACUCUUCAAUCCAUCAACUCUGCCUCUUUUGGAAGUGACUGCUAUGGCUAUGGGUAACUGCUAUGAAGAAGUCUCAUUAAAGCCGAGCCCACUCUCCCUAGGGACCAAGUUGGUUUGGAGAGGAUGAGCCCUCGGGUGCUGGGGGGCAGGGAUAUUUGUACUUCUGUACUGGGUGUUUCUUAAAAGUGGUCUACAGUGUCAAAUGCUGCAGUCAAUGUCCCUUUAAUAAAGCUACUUGAUGUCGAUUGGUUAAGGGAGAUUGGGGCACUUAUCACAGAUCCCAGGAGUGGGACGCACCUGAAUGGAGACUUGAGCCAUUAGCAUUAGAAAGAAAGGACCUUAGAAACCAGCUGGGAAGCUACAAUCUGAGUGAGUUCCAGAGUAUUGCUAUAUAUACAUGAAUGAAGGUCAUCCUCCAAAAGGGUAUUAGUAGGGAACGUGCAGGCCUUCACAAAUAACAGUCUACCUGGAACAGCCUCUUUAUAGCUUCACUGUUAAAUGUUCUGAGGUUUUAAAAGGUGAAAGAGAGAGAAUAACAGGAUUGCCCUCGUGCAGAAAGGAGAAAGGAGGUGGAGCUUAACCACUUCUUAUAAUUGCAUGAGAUGAAGAGUAUACAGAUUGGGAGCAGGCAUCAGCUGAAUUUUAUUCUUAUCUGACUUGGACAAGGGAGAAUCAAACACUCCCAAACACAGUUUGUGGUAGAAAUAUAUUAAACUCGAGAGGGAAACAAACAAUGAUGGGAAUAGGUUUAGAGAGAGGAUGAUGGUAUAAGGGAGGGAAUUAUUGCAAGCACAACAAAUUUCCUGAUGCUGAAGGAUGAUUAAAAGGGAAAAACAAAAAAAAAGAAAGAAGGAAAGAAGGAAGGAAAGAAAGGAAGCAAGGAAGCAAGAAACAGAAAAGAACUAGAAUCUAAUGGGGUGUCCUACAUUGUCUGUUAGACAAUUGGGAAUGACUAAACAAAUUGUGGUAUAUGAAUGGAAUAGAAUGGAAUGUUAUUGUGCCAUAAGAAAUGACAAAAGAGAUGAUUGCAGAAAAUCCUGGGUAGCAUGAACUGAUGCAGAGUGAAGUGAGCAAAACCCAGAGAACAAUUUAUACAAGGAUAGCAUUGUAAAGAAAAAAAAAAUUUUUAAUACUUAAGAACCCUGAUGAAUGCACUGACCAACCAUAUCACUAGAUGAACUAUGAUGAAGCAUGCCAUCUGCCUCUUGAUGGAGAGGUGAUGAAUUCAAGGUGCAGGGGGGAAAACACAUUUUUGGAUGUGGCCACUGUGUGCAUUAAUUUUGUUUGACUAUACUUAUUUGAUACAAGGGUUGUUUGUUUUUUUCUCUCAGUUGUUAAUUGAGAGAGGCUGGUGGGAAGGUUAUCAAUAUUGAUGCCAAAAAAGAAGGACAUUUAAUUUGUUUUUUAAGUUCACAGAAGGGAACAGAAGAAAUUUUAGAAGGAAGCACAAACAAGCAGGACAGUAAUGUGUGAAAAUAUUCUUUGAUAUAUAAAUGGUUCUCUGGAUGGGGGUGGGAGAUAUUGGGAGAAAAUUAGAUGAUGAAAAAGCAAAAGGUAUCAAUAAAAUUUUAUUUUAAAAACCUGUGUGAAAUUUAUUUUAAAAACAAGCAGUAUGAAAUGGAGAUUAUGGCUUUAUGUCCAGUCUUCUUUUUUGUGUUUUGCUAUGUAUCUGGAAAUGCUUUUUAUGGUGUUUAUAUUCAGAAUAAAAAUUAAAUUUAAAAAAUCAA